UUCCUAGAGCUUUUUAAUAACUUAGCAGGAUGAACGCAAUGAAAAUCUUCCGUCGAUUCCCGUCGCAGCACUCGGAUUUCGUGCACGACAUGAGCUUUGACUUCUACGGGAAGCGCUUAGCCACGUGCAGCUCGGACCGCAAGAUCAAAAUCUGGGAGGAGCACGGUCAGGACUGGCGCCUUGAGUACGAGUGGAACGCGCAUCAGGCCAGUGUAUGGAAGGUGGAGUGGGCGCAUCCAGAGUUCGGCCAGAUCCUGGCUUCUUGCUCCUUCGACCGUACAGUGUCUAUUUGGGAGGACCAGGGCUUGUAUCUCAACGUUUCAGCGUCCUCCACGGACCCAGCGGCCACGAAUGGGGGGAGUCCAUCCACCAGUUCCGGCAGUAAGGAAGGAUGGCGCAACCAAGCGCAGCUAGUGGACGCCCGGGACUCGGUACACGACGUUAAAUUCGCCCCCAGGCAUCUGGGACUGCGGCUUGCGACAGCAUCAGAGGACGGCUUUGUGCGUAUGUACGAGGCCAUCGACGUUAUGAACUUAUCGCAUUGGCCGCUGCAGGAGGAGUUCCUAGCUGACAAGGACGGGGCGACGUGUGUGUCGUGGAAUAAGUCGCGAUUCGAUGUCCCAAUGAUCGUCGUAGGCGGCAACAGCGAGGUGGCCAAAGUAUGGGGAUACAACAACUCGUACCGCCGGUGGCAGGUCGUAGCGGAGCUUGUAGGCCACACAGACGCCAUCCACGACGUUUGCUGGGCUCCGAAUAUGGGGCGCACGUCGCACUUAUUGGCAACCGCCAGUAAGGACCGUACCGUGCGUAUUUGGCGUCUAACAAUUCAGGAAGAUGAUCACUUGCAGGCAGAUGUAGAGGAGGUGGCACGCAAACACCAUCACGACUCGGAAGUCUGGCGCGUGGAGUGGAACGUUACUGGUACGAUGCUGGCUUCUUCAGGUGACGAUGGCACUGUGCGUAUGUGGAAGAGCGACUUUGAAGGCAAUUGGGCCUGCGUGAAUACGAUCUCCGGAGACCUUGGCCCUGUAUUGGCUCCACCCCCGAUGGACUUGCAGACAAGUUAA